UUACCUCCCAUGGUUUGAAGUCUUUUAUAAGCUCCUCAAUGUCUUGGCAGAUUAUUCAGCAAAAGGACAGGAUAGUCAAAGGAGUGAGCUCCUAGAAACAUUUCAUAAACUUACCAUCCCUGAGCCAGGAACUUCAGUUCAUCUUGGAGUGCACUCUUACUUUACUGUGCCUGACACCAGAGAGCUCCCUAGUAUACCUGAAAAUAGAAAUCUGACAGAGUAUUUUGUAGCAGUUGAUGUCAACAACAUGCUGCAUCUCUAUGCCAGUAUGCUGUACGAACGCCGCAUCCUCAUUUGUUGUAGUAAGCUGAGCACUUUAACUGCCUGCAUUCAUGGGUCUGCAGCUAUGCUCUACCCGAUGUUCUGGCAGCAUGUUUACAUUCCUGUUCUGCCCCCACAUCUGUUGGACUACUGCUGUGCCCCAAUGCCCUACCUCAUUGGAAUACAUUUAAGUCUGAUGGAGAAAGUAAGAAACAUGGCCCUGGAAGAUGUAGUGAUUCUUAAUGUGGACACCAACACACUGGAAACCCCUUUUGAUGACCUUCAGAGUCUUCCUAAUGAUGUG